UCAAAGCAAGCAGGGGUGGCGCCGGGACUAGGAGAGCCGCACAGCUCCAAGUCCCCGGCUCCAGCUCCCUCCUCCGGGUCCCCAAGCCUGGGCCGCAGCCAUGAACGGCGAGGAGCAGUACUACGCGGCCACUCAGCUUUACAAGGACCCGUGCGCCUUCCAGCGGGGUCCGGCGCCGGAAUUCAGCGCCAGCCCCCCCGCGUGCCUGUACAUGGGCCGCCAGCCCCCGCCGCCGCCGCCUCUGUUCCCCGGCGCCCUGAGCGCGCUGGAACAGGGCAGCCCGCCAGACAUCUCCCCGUACGAGGUGCCCCCCCUCGCCGACGACCCCGCGGUGGCGCACCUCCACCACCACCUCCCGGCUCAGCUCGCGCUCCCCCACCCGCCCGCCGGGCCUUUCCCGGAUGGAGCGGAGCCAGGCGCCCUGGAGGAGCCCAGCCGCAUUCAGCUGCCUUUCCCGUGGAUGAAGUCUACCAAGGCUCACGCGUGGAAAGGCCAGUGGGCAGGCGGGGCCUACGCAGCAGAGCCAGAGGAGAACAAGCGCACGCGUACCGCCUACACGCGGGCGCAGCUGCUGGAGCUGGAGAAGGAGUUCCUAUUUAACAAAUACAUCUCACGGCCGCGCCGGGUGGAGCUGGCUGUCAUGCUGAACUUGACUGAGAGACACAUCAAGAUCUGGUUCCAAAACCGCCGCAUGAAGUGGAAAAAAGAGGAAGACAAGAAGCGCGGCUGCGGGACAGCGACCGGGGCUGGUGGGGACGUGGAGCCUGAGCAGGACUGCGCGGUGACCUCGGGCGACGAGCUGCUGGCGCUGCCACCACCGCUGCCUCCCGUGGGUGCUGUGUCGCCAGCUAUCCCCGCUGCUGCCCGAGAGGGCCGUCUGCCUCCUGGCCUUAGUGCGUCCCCGCAGCCUUCCAGUGUCGCACCCCGGCGGCCGCAGGAACCCCGGUGAGAGAUGGGAAAUCCUCCCUGCAGGUGGCUUUGACCACUCUCAGAGGAGGGGGGAGCGGACCCAGGACCCUGGGUGUGGAUCACAGGCCCUGGCAGUUUGAUGGGGCAGAAACUGCCGUGCCCGCCCCAGACAGGAGGGGAGAAGCCGCACUCUCAGGUUCCUGAACCAAUUGGGACCAGUGGGGAGACGCUGGCCGUGGAGAAGAGAUGUUUUCUGUAAAUCUGGGGGCUCUCCUGGUGAUAUGGUUGGAUCGGUUAAGUCUGCCACUGUUGUGCAGGUCCCAGCACUCCAAAACCACAGACCUCUUUGUAGAAACCAACUCUUCAAAAGACAACAAAAACUGCAAAUUGAACCGCACUGCAACACACAGCAAGCAAGCUAGACCCGAUGCCUUUACCUGCUCAGAAACAGAACCAUUUUAAUUCAGGCUUCCACCUUAACAUUUAGAAAAAAUUGAAAGGAAAUGUCUGAGGUUUCAAAGACCCAGUGAAAUGAUGGCCCUGCACUAGAAUAAUUUCUUCCCGUCCUCUUCCUCCUCCUCCUCCUCCUCCUCCUCCUCCUCCUCCUCCUCCUCCUCCUCCUCUUCCUUUUUUAAUCCUUUUGGCCACAUACUUCACCAACCUACAUCCUUCAACCUGCACCUCUUUCCUCUGAAGAAGACAAGAUCUUGCAAGGAAGGCUAAGCAGCAGCAGGGCUGGGCAGAGCAAGAGGAGAGUCCCCUACACCUGCUCGGUCCAGCCCUUCCAGAGAGGGCAAGUGGAGCUGGGCCUGGAGCACAGGAGCUGGGAAAGAAGGAUGGACCCCUGAGCUCUUUCUGUUUCAGGCAUGUAUUUAGUUCCUGCUUGCGUGGAAGGCAAGCAGGGUGGCCUGACCCACGUUGGAAUCUAGUCAGAGCCAGUUUGAUUUCCACAUCUUUAGGAACGAUGAAAACACAUGUGGUUGAGGAGUUUGGGAAACGGGUUGUUUUUAUUUCAAGUUUUUAAAUUACCUAACAGUUCUUUACAAAUAUGUCUGUGGUUUCCAGGUCAGUUUUUAUAUAAGGGUCUGGCUGGGCCUUGCGUGCAGGUGAUGUUUGUGGAAAAUGCUUAAUAAAUACGCAUAACAUGGA